AUGAGCUCGCAAUACCCCUUCGUCGCAUCGGUCGCUGGACCCAGCGUCGCACACUGUUCUUGGCCGAUCCACUUCAUCUCAAAACACCGUGACCUCGAUUUCACCCAGUGCUUCGAACAUGCCUUCCUUCUCCCCGUCCCUCUAGCUCUGGCGAUUUCCUUCGGUCUUGCGCAAUUGUGGAGUAUCCGGGCUAGGUUGAAGAGACAAGCCUUGCAGUGGCACACGAGAGGCAGAGGGAGUGAGAGGUUAUGUCGGAUAAAAAUGUACCUUGUCGGUUUCUCUGGUAUCUUAGCUAUCAGUUCCUUGUCACUAUCACUUCUCUCAGUCAAAUCGACUCCCCUGUCCAGUCUUCACUACGGCCUCUACCUCCUUGUCCUCCUCGUCUUCCUUCGCCUUACCUGGCUCAAUCAUCAUACUUCCCGUACCUCUUCUACACUCAUUCUCCUCUUCUGGCCCAUCUACAUCCUUCUAUCAGCCGUCCGGAUCCGAACAAUGAUUAUCACCGGGGACUUCUCCCGAGAACUCUCACAUUCCACUCCUGGAAGACUUGUCCUUGCCCGAGAGAUUCUGUGGCUCAUAAGUGGAGUUUAUGGUCUGGCAGCGUUCUUUUUGGAGCUCUAUUCGCCUGAGAAGCGUUGGAAGAGAUUCCGAUGGACGAAGCCAUGGAGCAAAGAAGGGAAGAUUCAGCUGGACGACUCUGAUUCGGAAGACGAAGCUCUGGACGGUGUCGAUGCACUCAACGGCGCUGGUUCUGUGUCCGGGAAGAACGAAGAUGGCGAUAUGGAAUGUCCCGUACUCACCGCUAAUUUCUACGAAAGACUCACAUUCUCCUGGCUCACUCCCAUGCUUUCACUGGGUACUCGAAAAUUCCUCGGCGAAGAGGACAUGUGGUCUCUUCCGCCAAAUGACUCAGCCGAGGCAUUGUCCGAACGUCUUCAAGCGACCUGGAGUCGUCAACUCGAACUCGUCCGACAGCACAAGAAAUCCAAGCCGUCUCUCAAGGUUGCCAUAGCGAAGGCAUAUGGUGGGCCGUACCUAGUCGCGGGUAUGCUCAAAGCUCUGUACGACUGCUUGAACUUCCUUCAACCACAGCUACUCAGGUUACUGCUAAAUUACGUGUCAAGCUGGGGUACAGAUCACCCUAUGCCACCGAUUGCAGGCUAUGCGAUCACCCUUUUGAUGUUCAUCUCUGCUUGUAUCGCCACCUCCGCUCUUCACCAAUACUUUGAUCGAUGCUUUGCCACUACCAUGCGGGUCAAGGGUGGUCUAGUAACUCUGAUCUACUGCAAGGCUCUUGUAUUGAGCAACGGAGAAAAGACAGGCAGAACAACUGGUGAUAUCGUCAAUUUACAAAGCGUCGACGCGGUCAGAAUUGCCGAUCUCGCUCAAUAUGGGCAUAUUGCUUGGUCGGGACCUUUCCAGAUUAUCCUCGCCUUCGUUUCUCUGUAUCAGCUUGUUGGAUGGCAAGCCUUCAUGGGCGUAGCAGUCAUGGUCAUUUCGCUCCCCAUCAACACCAUGAUCGCCAAAUACAGCAAAAAGCUCCAGCGGCAACUCAUGAAGACCAAGGAUGUCCGAACCAGAGCCAUGAACGAGAUCCUGAACAACAUCAAGUCCAUCAAGCUAUACGGCUGGGAGAAGGCUUUCUCCGAGAAAGUACUUGAUGCUCGUAACAAUCACGAACUUCGCAUGCUCCGACGGAUCGGUAUCGUUCAAUCGAUGAGCAAUUUCUUUUGGGUCGCCGUUCCUUUCCUCGUGGCUUUUGCGACAUUUGCGACUUUCGUAGCCACUAGUUCGAGGGCAUUGACAAGUGAAAUCAUCUUCCCGGCUAUCUCACUCUUUCAACUUCUGAGUUUCCCCAUGUCCGUCUUCUCCAACAUCAUCAACAGUAUCAUCGAAGCUGUCGUUUCUGUUGCUCGAUUGGAGGACUUUUUGGCAGGCGAAGAGCUUGAUCCUACCGCGCGGGAAGUCAUAUCGCCAGACCUGGACCCUCAAGGCGAACCAAAGACCGGUGAUGUGGUUGUCACUAUCAAAGGAGGAGAAUUUAGGUGGCUCAAGGACUCUCCCGAAUCAAUCUUGCAAGACAUUGACCUGACCGUCCAGAAAGGUGAAUUGCUAGCCGUCAUCGGUCGAGUAGGGGAUGGCAAGUCAAGUCUACUCUCCGCUCUUCUAGGUGAAAUGACCAGAUCCGACGGACGUGUGACCAUCCGAGGUGACGUCGCCUAUUUCAGUCAAACAUCUUGGAUCCUCAGCGCUACUGUCAAAGACAACAUUGUCUUCGGGCAUCGUUUUGAUCCCGUUUUCUACGAUCAAGUCCUCGACGCAUGCGCUCUUCGAUCAGAUCUCGCCGUCUUACCUCAAGGACACAUGACGGAAGUCGGUGAAAAGGGUGUAUCCCUGUCUGGCGGUCAAAAAGCACGAAUUGCUCUCGCGCGAGCAUGUUACGCCAGGGCGGAUAUCUAUUUACUUGAUGAUCCUCUCAGCGCAGUGGACGCACAUGUCGGCCGUCAUAUCUUCGACAAGGUUAUCGGUCCUCAUGGUUUAUUGAAGAAUAAAGCUCGUAUCUUCUGCACCAACGCUGUCAAUUUUCUACCUCAAACAGACCAAAUAAUCAUGCUACGGCGUGGGAUUAUCCUCGAGCGUGGGACUUACGACGAUGCCAUGUCCAACUCGUCAUCGGAAUUCUACAAACUCAUCACUGGUCUCGGGAAACAAACGGCCAAAAGUGAAGAUGACGACAGUGGAGCCUCCAGUCCCACGAUCACGGAGAACAUUCCGGAAGAUGAAGAUGCUAUCGAAAGUGAAGAUGAUUCCCUCGAAAAACAUAACCAGAUCAGACGUCUGAGCACAGCGACCAUGCGACGUGCUUCCUCCGUUUCUCUUCGCCAAGCCAAACGUGACGCUCUGCGUGAUCUGAGGGAGAGCGCGAAACCGAAAGAACAUUCAGAAAAAGGGACUGUCAAAAGGGAAGUGUAUAAAAAAUACAUUUCCGCUGCAUCCGGCACCGGCGUUGUCUUGUUUUUAACUUUCAUGGCUGUCGGUCAAGCAUCAAGUAUCAUCUCAAAUUACGUCUUACGAUUCUGGGCACGACAAAACUCCAAAGCAGGAACUUCAACUCAGAUCAGUUUGUACCUCACAGCAUAUGGUGUAGCUGGGAUAACAUCCGCUCUUCUCAGUGUGGGAAGUAUGGCUCUAUUGAAACUUCUUUGCGCUUUGAGGAGUAGUAAGAAAUUGCAUGAUGAUAGUUUUGCAGCCCUCAUGAAGAGUCCACUUAGUUUCUUCGAGUUGACACCCACCGGUCGAAUUCUCAAUCUAUUCUCAAGAGAUAUCUUCGUCAUUGAUGAAGUUCUUCAACAAGCUAUUGGUUCUUUCGUUCGUACGAUUGUGGUUGUGCUAGGUACAAUGGUAGUGCUGGCGAUUGGAGGACCUGCCGUAUUACUGGUCUUCAUUCCUCUAGGAUACAUCUAUCGUAUGGUCAUGAGCUACUACCUCGCGACAUCUCGAGAAUUGAAGCGAUUGGAUGCCAUCUCUCGUUCUCCCAUCUUUUCAUUCUUCGGUGAAACACUUGCUGGUCUUCCAGUCAUCCGCGGAUUCGGACAAUCUCGUCGGUUCAUUGCGAAUAACGAAGCUCGUAUCGACCGAAAUAUGGCAUGUUACAUGCCAGCCAUGACUAUCAACCGUUGGCUGGCUGUCCGACUGGAAUUCUUAGGAACCUGUUUGAUGUUUUCUACCGCUGUGGUGUCCGUCACUGCGCUCACAGUGUCCAACAGCGUCGAUGCUGGUUUAGUGGGGUUGAUGAUGACUUAUACUAUUUCAGUCACUGGUGUUUUGAAUUGGCUCGUGCGUAGUGCAUCGGAAGUGGAACAGAACAUCGUAUCAGUCGAACGUGUGCUGUCUUACGCCGAUCUGCCAUCUGAAGCUCCUGCCGAGAUACCCGAUAAGAAGCCUCCUGCAUCUUGGCCAGAACAUGGGUCGAUCGAGUUUGAAAAAUUCUGUAUGCGCUAUCGACCUGAACUCGACCUCUGUCUGCGUGAAGUCAGCGUCAAGAUAGAUGGUGGUGAGCGAGUAGGAGUUGUGGGUCGGACCGGUGCCGGUAAAAGUUCCUUGACAUUGGGACUGUUCAGGAUAUUGGAAGCUACCAAAGGGAGAAUUUUGAUCGAUGGAGUGGAUAUCUCUACUAUUGGUUUGAGAGAUUUGAGAAGUAUCAUUUCGAUCAUUCCCCAAGAUCCCCAGUUGUUCGAGGGUUCCAUCAGGACCAAUAUCGACCCUACCAACACUUACUCCGACGCAGAUGUCUGGCAAGCCCUCUCCCAGGCUUAUCUCAAAGAGCACGUGAUGACCAAGAUGGGUGGUACUCUCGAUGCUGAGGUGACAGAAGGUGGCGGUAACUUGAGUUCAGGUCAACGUCAAUUGAUAUGUUUCGCUAGGGCAUUACUACGACGCACAAAGAUCUUAGUAUUGGACGAAGCUACGAGUUCUAUCGAUUUAGAAACUGAUGAAGCUGUCCAACAAAUUCUCAGAGGUCCCGAUUUCAAAGGUGUCACAACUAUCACUAUCGCCCAUAGGAUCAACACCAUCAUGGAUAGUGAUAAAGUUUUGGUCAUGUCUGAAGGUCGAGUUUCCGAAUACGACACACCAGAGAAAUUACUCGAGAACCCCAAUUCGGUGUUUUACUCUCUUGUCAACGAAGCGGGAUUGGGAGGUAAAUAGAUGUUUUUCAUUAUACUUAGAUAUAUGCAUGCAGUAUUAGCGUUCG